GAACAGUCGAGCCAGUGCGCAUGCGCAGCGCUGCUCUCUACGAAGUUUCGGGAUAUCUAGGUUCAACGCUAAAUACUCAUUACAUUUGGACCGCUUUAAGACCACCCACCCCAUAGCUGGAGAGAGUGGAAUUUGGAAUAAAAAUGUCACUUUCUUCGCCCUACCUCAACCAAGACAGCACAGUGCGCUUCAGAAAGAGGAAAGCACGCUUUUCUUUCAGUGAAGUGCACAUACUUCUGGAUGAAGUGCGGAAGAAUCGCCACAUUGUUGUGGGUAAGUUUAACGCAGGCGUCCCAUCUGAUGUCAAGAGGAGGAAGUGGGCAGAGAUCACAGCACGUGUUAAUGAGAUCGGAGAGUGCGAAAGAGAGAUCAUGGAGGUUGUAAAGAAAUGGUCAGACCUUAAAUGUGACACAAAGCGUAAAGUGGCUGCCCUGCAGACUGGUGGUGUGUUGUCUCAACGGUUGGCACGGACCAAUAUGGAGUUCUCUCCGAUAGAACUCAUAGUGGAAUCGAUACUCGAAUUGGACAAGAAACCAUGGGAAGCUACUCAGAGAUCCAGAUCUCGCGUGUACAGUGAUGAGCAGGAGGGUGGGGGUGAGGAUGAGGAGGAGGAAGAUGGGGCAUUUAUGGGGAUGGGGUCAGUCCACAGUUCACCGGGCAGAGGAAUGGAAAUGGGAGGAAUGCCUCCUGCAACAAGCGGAGCUGGGAUUCCAGCGAUUCACAAUGAUGGCUUCAAAUCUGGAGAUCCCGAACCCCACUUGGUAGAUUCAGACGAAGAUAACCGUGACCACCUCCCAUCAUCCUCCAUGGCAUCUGUCACUAACUCUUAUUCUGAGGAGGAUGGAAUUGCAACUAGAUGCAACACUGGACACGUCUCCUCCACAGCCACUGCCUCUACUAAAACAGCUUUUUUCUCAAUGGUGGAGACGGACAGUUCACGUGAGCGGUUAGUGCAGAGCGCAAGCCUUAGUGUGCAAGAGCAGCACACCACCAAUGCACUUCUGGGCACAGUAUCUCGUUCACUAGAGAUUCUUGCAGAGUCAAUACAACAGCUAGCAGAAACACAGCAGGAGUUUGCACGCGAGUCGCUGCAGCUGCAGAGGGAAACAGUGCAGGUGUUACGAGACUUCGCCUCUGGUGCUAUAACGAUACUGCAAGAAAAGGUCAACGGAAAACCGGCAUUAUAAAAAAGUCCUGUUUAGCAUCACAACAGUGUCAUUUAAACCCCUAAACCUAAUGAUGAGCAACAAACAUCACAGUGUUCAUUGGUAAUGUGUGCUGUUGCAUGCAGAUUUCUUGCUGGAAUGCUUGUGACCAUUAGAGGGUGCAAUGUCAUCAUUGUUUUUUGGACAAAUUGCAUUAUAACUCUGGUUUUUCUCAACCUUUUUCAUCUCAAACCCCCCAAUCCCACCCCUCCCCCCACUGUCCAAUAACAUUCAAUAAAAUUUGAAGAUCCCCCUCAUACAUUCAUCAUUAAAUACCUUUUAAUUGUUUUAGCUAGUUUUUUUUUUUAAGUUAUUUUCAUUAAUUUUAGAAGAUCUUGACCGGUCCUAUAGUGGGCCCAAACACUGCUUUAUAAUAAUUAUUACUAAGUUCACUUAAUUGUGUUUUUGAGAAAAAAUUUGUUGUGUUUUAAAAUACAAAAACAUUUUUAUGUUGUCUAUCUUAGCAGGGCAAAUUCGUUUUUAGUGGGAAAAAAUGUCCCAAAACAGUUAUGAAUGUUUAAAGGGACAGUUCACCCAAAAACGAAAAUCCCUUUAAAACCUACAGCAAUAUUUUCUUCCACAAAAAUAUUAUAUCUUCAUGUUUUUAAAACUAAUGGGUGAAUUCACACAAGAACUUUUUUUUUAAGUGUGUGAACAACACAAUCCAUUAGGUAGUUCAGUUUACUUUGCAGCUUUAAUAAAGUCUAAUGAUGUUAAACUAAAAACUAUGUUUGUGAUGCAUCACGAUGAUGAUCUCAAAGUUCUCAACAUUUAAAUUACAAAAUUGGAUUUAGUGAGAAUGAAAGAUUGUAUGAAAUAUUGUAUGUUAGGAGGUCGAAGUACCAUCAAUGAAACUAAAUUAUUUUAAUAAUGAAUUUCUUUUGGUACUCCAUAUACAUUGAUGUUAAUGAAGUGUUGAAAAUUGACAUCUUCAUAUUUUGAGCUGUAAUGUUGUAAAUUUGUCACUAGAUGGCAGCAAGCCUAUUUAUUGACACUUGGUGCAUUUGUAAUGAUCAUAAAUAAUCACUUGCUGUAUGUGUUCAAUGUCACUCCCUUUUCUAUCUGUGGAAGUUUUCAUGUCUGACUUGUAAAUAAAAACAAAGCUCAACAGGUGUCACAAAGAUUUAAUUUGAUCAAUGUUUUUACGUCUGCAAUAGUUUUAAUAUCUGCUGAUGUCAUGUCAAGUGAAUUUUGUGUGUUUGUGUAUAAACAUGAGAAUGCAAGAACGCAUGGCUUUUUGCUGUCUAAGUUUAAGGCAGGAUUGGAGGUGAAGUGAUUAGGCCUCAACCAUUGUUCUGCGCAGGACUCUGCUUAAACAGCUGCCGGUGUGCAGAGCGGUAUCUUGGGUGUGUGUGUGUCUGUGCUGAUGUUGAGCUGUGAUUGGAGAGUGCUUUGUGUAGACGGCAGCUGGUAGCUGUAUUGUGUGGUUAGGGACCUCUGUUGAAAAGAAAUGUACUUUAAUGUGCUUGUGUGGAAAGCGAUUGUGAAUGUCUGUAUAGUGUAUCAGUCAUUUAUCAUACAGGACUUGUAGACUGGACAGCACAGACCAGACUUUUUUCUUUUUAAAUUUGGGUUUCUUUUAGGUACAAUUUUUUUUAAGUGUAAGUGCAUGCAGUGAUUGGAUCAUGUU